UCAACUGAGCUUUUGUGUUGAAGAAGUCGGAAGUGAGAAGAGGACGCUUGUGGUUUACAGCGCGCUAUAAAACUGAAGUGUCAUCCCGCAUCCGUGAUAUGACAGCAGGCGUGUAACGUCCUUCUCACCGCUGAAAUUAACAGGAUAUCUGCUGUGGUUAAUCCAGGUCGCUUUGGUUGUGUUUUCUGUGGCUGUAUAGACUGUCAUGAGAUCAGUUUGGGCAUGGCGUCCUUCCAGAGUUACUGUAAGGCGGCGGGAGCAGCGGAGGAUGAGAACGGAGAACCGGACCAGUCUCUGCAGCACAUGCUGAAGGCCAUCGCAGACGAACGGAACCGACUAAAUGUUCGGCAGGAGAUCAGCGGGCUCGGAUGUUUUAAAGAUGACCGAAUUGUGUUUUGGACAUGGAUGUUCUCCACAUACUUCAUGGAGAAGUGGUCACCACGUCAGGACGACAUGCUGUUCUAUGUGCGGCGGAAGCCCGCGUACGCUAGCGCUGACAACACAGAAGGGAAAAAGGUGGAGGUCGAGGUGUACAGAAGAGACUCAAAAAAGCUCCCUGGACUUGGCGACCCUGAUAUAGACUGGGAGGAGAGUGUAUACCUGAACCUCAUCUUACAAAAGCUGGACUACGUGGUCACGUGCGCUGUGUGCACACGCACAGAUGCAGGAGACAUCCACAUCCACAGAAGGAAGUCACAGCAAGUGUUCGCUUCUCCCAGCAAGCACCCGAUGGACAGCAAGGGUGAGGAGUCCAAAAUGAGCUACCCGAACAUCUUCUUUAUGAUCGACAACUUUGAGGAGGUGUUCAGUGAUAUGACUGUUGGAGAAGGAGAGAUGGUGUGUGUGGAGCUGGUGGCCAGUGACAAAUCCACCACCUUCCAGGGAGUUAUCUUCCAGGGCUCCAUCCGCUACGAGGCCCUCAAAAAGGUCUAUGACAACAGGGUGAGUGUGGCUGCUAAAAUGGCCCAACGGAUGUCCUUCGGCUUCUACAAAUACAACAACAUGGAGUUUGUGCGGAUGAAGGGCCCUCAGGGGAAAGGGCACGCCGAGAUGGCUGUGAGUCGAGUGCCUACUGGAGACACGUCACCCUGCGGCACCGAGGAGGACCAGGACUCGCCCCUACAUGAGAGGGUGACGUCAUUCAGCACCCCCCCGACCCCUGAGAGAAACAGACCCUCCUUCUUUUCACCCUCUCUGCGCCGCAAAGUGCCCCGAAACCGCAUAGCCGAGAUGAAGAAAUCCCACUCUGCCAACGACAGCGAGGAGUUCUUCAGGGAUGAGGAUGAUGAAGACCUGUGUAACACCACAAACCUUCGCUCACGCUCUCUUUCGGGAACUGGCCGCUCACUCGUGGGCUCCUGGCUGAAGCUGAACAGGACAGAGGACUACUUCCUUCUGUACUCGCAUCUCACCUACAUCACUCUUCCUCUACACCGGAUAACUACAGAUAUUCUGGAGGUGAGACAAAAGCCUAUUCUGAUGAUCUAGUGGCCAACGACUUCCUUAGAACUUGUGACUAAGUGCCUCUCCACAUCAGGCCCUCAGACAACAGCGCCAUCUAGCAUCCAUACAGAGAACCAAAAAAAACCACCACUGACUAAAGGAGAGGAGAAGAAACGUGAGAACUAAGGACUUAUUUAAAAACCAGCCAUUCAAGAAGUGCCUCUUCUACCUGUUUUCUGUGACCGUCUGUAUGUGGACAUGAGCGCAAAACAGCCUGAGUGACUGAACACCGUCUGAAAUGCCUCGUUCCAUCUGAUCAGCUCAGGCUCGGUAGGCAGGACCGGCUAAUGUCCCACCUGCGAGCGAAAGGAAAACGAAUCAAAGAGAAAAAACAAAACAAAAACACAUGCAAAAGAAUGUCUGUUCUGUUGUAAAUACACUGCUGCUUAGAAUACUCAGUGAAUCUACCAACCACGACCCUCUCAGCCUUGUGUUAACAGACUCUGCUGGGUCUAUCAAUGUUGUUAAAUUGUGCGUAGUGCUUUGUUCCAAAGUCAAACAUACCCCUUUAUCCCCCCAACCCCCCAACCCCUCACCUUGCUUCAUCCCUAGGCCUUAACACCUCCUAACCAGCUACAUUAAAAUCUUGACUCUGUUUUAUGGCCUAUUUCCCAGCACAGAGUCUAGAAAUGGAAAUGCUGGAUGUGUCUUAAGUUCAACCUUCUGGUUCACAUACGAAAAAGGAAAAAAACGCACUAAUAGGUUUUUCUUUUUUAGUUCGUUCCUUCGGUAAAAACAGACAUGACGUAUUUGUUCAAUUGUAUGUUUGGAGAUCGUCGGUAUCCUUGUGAUAUUUAUUAGUCGAUGUGAGGUGUUCGAGUGCCACAAAAUGAUGCUGAAGCUGAAAGGUUUCCCUGAGGACAAUAUAAUAGAAACACAGUCGAGCUGUUUGUACAUUACAGAAACACCCAUAGUACAGUACCUUGUUCUACAGAAGACCUGAAACUCAAGUUGUGGGGAAAAAAGUUAAAGGUGCUGUGUUGUAAUUUCAAUUUAAUAACUUGUUAUAUUACAUCACUAUUUUCACUUAAUAUCCUGUUUCAUUAUAGUAUGUUGUUAUUUUAAAUGAUCUCAUCUUUUAUGAUUAUUUUGAGUUAUCUUGUUAUCCUGACCAUAACCUGAAGGCUUUUAAAUGAACUAUCAUCAUAUAC